AUGGAUUGCUCUGGGAGGAGAGUGAGUCGCAGCUGGGACUGGGACAGUCCGCGGUGUCGAGCAGAGCUGGAUGAGAUCUUCUUCAGACAACAUGACUACAUUCAUAGUGGGACUUCGGAGCACAAGGACUUCUGGGCUUUCUUUGACCGUUUCCAGAGAUUCAAAACAAAGAGGGAGAUGUCGGGAUAUUGUAGCUCAGAAAACGGCAUGGUCAAGGAAAGUAAAAGUGGCCACAAGGAAGUGGACUUGGGGCUUCCGAGUGACUACGAUGCUCGGUACAAAAUCAACAUUUCUGUGUGCACCAAAGACAUUGAAGAGCGUCUGGGGAAGCAGUAUAAAGGCGGCCGCUCUUCGGGACCAGGGCUUGAAGAAAUCGCUGAAUGUCGCCUCUCAUAUCUGCAUUUUCUAGACUUUGCUCAAAAACAGAGCUUUAUAAAACUCGCAAAACUUCGACGGGAACAGAAGAACUUGCCAAUUUUCCAAUACAAGGACCGUAUAAUAGAGCUUGUGAGACGCCACCCUGUAGUUGUUGUAGCGGGAGACACAGGCUGUGGAAAGUCCACGCAGGUGCCUCAGUAUCUCCUGUCUGCAGGAUUCUCACAGAUCGCCUGCACUCAGCCAAGAAGAAUCGCGUGUAUAUCGCUGGCCAAGAGGGUCAGCUUUGAAAGCCUCAACCAGUAUGGCUCAAAGGUGGGCUACCAAAUACGAUUUGAAACAACCCGGACCACGUCUACUAAACUGAUAUUCCUGACCGAGGGGCUGCUGCUGCGUCAGAUCCAACAGGACGGAGAGUUGUCUCAGUACCAGGUCCUGAUCGUUGACGAGGUCCAUGAGAGGCAUCUCCACUGUGACUUUCUCCUCGGAGUGCUGCGCUCUCUUUUGCAAAAUCGCUCAGACCUUCGGCUCAUCCUCAUGUCGGCCACCAUCAAUAUCAACCUCUUCUCAAAAUAUUUCCACAGUGCUCCGGUGCUGCAGGUGCCAGGGAGGUUGUUCCCCAUACAGGUGAUCUACAAACCGAUCCUACCUGAAGAGCAAGUGUCCCGUUCGGAAAAGCUUGACCCCCGACCGUACCUGCGCAUUCUUCAGGGCAUUGACCAGCGAUAUCCCCCAGAAGAACGCGGAGACCUCCUCAUCUUCCUCAGUGGUGUGACAGAAAUUUCCACAAUCCAAGAGGCCUGUCAGGUUUAUGCCACGCACACACGGCGGUGGAUCAUUUUACCUUUGCACAGCACACUGUCUCUGGCCCAACAGGAUAAGGUCUUUGACAUUUCGCCUCCUGGGGUCAGAAAGUGCAUUAUUUCUACAAAUAUAGCUGAGACAUCAGUGACAAUUGAUGGAGUGCGAUUUGUUGUUGACUCAGGAAAAGUAAAAGAAAUGAGUUAUGAUCCUAAAGCCAAAAUGCAGCGUUUGCAGGAAUUUUGGAUCAGUAGAGCCAGCUCUGAACAGAGAAAAGGCCGUGCAGGUCGCACAGGCCCUGGAGUGUGCUAUCGCCUGUAUGCAGAAUCUGACUAUGAUGCAUUUGCUCCAUAUCCUGUGCCAGAAAUUCACAGAGUGGCCUUGGACUCAUUAGUUCUUCAAAUGAAAAGCAUGAAUCUCGGCGAUCCACUCAGUUUUGUCUUCAUUGAUCCUCCUCCUGCUGCUAGUAUCCAGACCGCAGUGACCUACCUCAAAGACCAAGGCGCUCUGGACAGUCGAGCCGAGCUAACCACUAUUGGGACAUUACUGGCCCAACUUCCAGUGGACGUGGUCAUAGGAAAGAUGUUGGUUUUGGGCUCUGUGUUUAACCUGGUGGAGCCUGUUCUGACCAUAGCAGCAGCUCUCAGUGUCCAGUCUCCUUUUCUACGCAGUUCACAGCAUAACCCAGACUGCGCCACGGCUCGCCAACCGCUGCACAGCAACCAGGGAGAUCCUUUUACUUUGCUCAAUACCUUUAAUUCCUGGGUUGAGGUGAAGGGAGAGCGAGGUGGAGGCUCGAGGAAGUGGUGUCGUAGAAGAGGUCUGGAGGAGCAGCGACUUUAUGAGAUGGUCAACUUACGGAGGCAAUUCAAGGAGUUAUUGAAAACCCAAGGCUUGUUGGAAUCAGAAGACAAGGCCUCCUCUAGUGGUGACCGCGGGCAGCGCAUGCAGCGGCUGUCGGAGAGAAGGAAGCUGCAUCAGAUGAAGAGAGAUCACGAGCAACAAGAGGGAAGCAAACGUAAAGUCCUGCGAAUGGAGGAAGGUCAGGAGGAUUCAUCAGGGUCAGACACUGAGGACAGAGGCAGGAAGAAGAAGGACAAAGAGGGAGCAGGACAGAAUCUGGACAUACAGGAGGUGAAGUUCAAGUUGCGUCAUAACGUCUCUGAGCUGCAGGAUGCUGUGGGCGCCUGUCAGGACCUCUCUUCCAGAAAACAGGCACUUCUAAAACUUCUGGUCUGUCGAGGGCUUUAUCCACAACUGGCUUUACCAGAUGAACACAACACCGCCCGCAAGGACUCCGACCAGGUGUUUCACACAAAGAGUAAGCAGGGGGUUGUGAUCCAUCCAACAAGUGUUUUUGCCAGUGAUCCGGAGGUGUUACAAGUUCCUGAGGAUGACGGAAGAGAGGCACCUACCAAGAAAAACAGCAGCAAACAUCAGCUCCUCGCUUUCGUCACUCUGCUAGAGACGAACAAACCAUAUCUGACAAACUGUGUUCGAGUUCCAGCCUUGCAGAUGUUACUGCUUGUGGCCAACGCUGUGGACAGUAAUGCAGACUGCAGUCGGCUUGUGGUGGAUGGAUGGCUGGAGGUGGAGUUCAGAAUGCCGGAGGAAGCUCUGAAGAUCUUGUCCACGGCACUUUCCCUCAGAGCAGACUGGGAGCGUCUUCUUGUCCAUCAGCUGAGCCAGAGAUCUCUGGAGGAAACAUUAGCCAGGGGAGUGUCCAGAAAAGAUCUCGAGAAAUUAAGUGAAGGCCUGGUUCGCUUUCUACUGUACACUGAGGUCAGAUACAGUAUCCGCAGGCUAACUGCUUUACAGACACAGAACCUGUACAUAGGCCCACAGUCCGAGGACUCCACAUUCCCAGGAGGAAACCCCAUUUUUCCAGGAGUGGAUGCCAAACCAGAUCCCAUUAAGGGAGGCCUUUGUGUCACCAGCUUUUUCAACUACAACUGUCUGUCUGACUCCAGGGACUUGUACAGUGAAUGUCUUCGCGCAUUCUGGACCUGUCCAAACUGUGAUCUCUACAUGCCUCUCACACCGCUGGAGCGCAUGCAGCACGAGGCCACCUGCAGGCCACCAGGGGAACAGCAGCAGUCUGAAGAAGAAACUGUGAGUGAAAAGCCGAGCUCGUCCAUGUCCAGUUUGAGUAGAGUUUACCAUUGUGACAUUUGUGAUAAAGAUCUUACUCUGACUUCAACUGAGAUCCUUAAACACAAGCGACAGCACAUGUAUACCAUCAAAUAA